CACCACACUUGUAUUUAUAACUGGAAUAAAUCCGCCAAGACCCUAAUAUUAUUUUAUUAUUUGUACCUCUUUUUGUUGUUGUCAAAAUUGCCAAGUUUUAGACGACACCAAAGCGAUACCAUGGGAGGCAAUUUGAAUCUAAAAAUUGAUCUGCAGAAGCUGGUGGCAAGGUCCAUGGCUGAGGGUCCACGCGGCAGUCAUCGUGGCCAGUGGCGGCUGCAGUGCGGCAAAGUGAGAUAUGCUGUACAUUAUGCACUGUUGAAUGGUUUGCUCACAAUUUUACACCUACGAAGGCGGCGUUGCACUCUCAGCAGGAAGAGUCGCAUUGCAAAGCGUCUGCGGCGUAUGAAGAAGCUGAAGAAACCACAAAAGUUGACCCUGGUGAGUAGCGGCACACAAACGGUUGGGUCUAGGACAAUCAAGAAGUCCAAAGGCAGCCAAACCCCAGAGUCUGUGUUGAGUCAAGACAGCAAGUCCAGGCAAACUCUUGGAACGCUUCUGGAUAACACUGGCAGUCAAACCUCUGACCCAAUAAUAUACCAAGACACCAAAGCCAGCCAAAGCCCAGAGUCGCCAAGGAUGCAGAUGGCCAAGGCCAGCCAAACAUCUCCGCGUCGAAGGGAGAACAGAACUGUGGAUGUGGACACGAUGGAUCUCACUCUGAGCUACUCCAGGCAUCAGCAGACACUAAAUCCCAAGCGCAAGUCCAUUGGCAGUCAGGGAGAGUCUGCCAUUUGCCAUAACCGAUCCACGCAAGUGAUGACCAGCACAGGGAACAAAGGCAGUCAGACAACCAUUGACAUCUGCUCUACGGGCAGGCAGACAGUGCGGGGAACCGAUUGUGUGGCAGUGCAGACCACGGAUGACAGGGAAACCCUGCACACCCAGACCGAGGAAAAUGAAGUGUUGCAGCUGGAUGCCUUGAACAUAAUCCAGAAGCACUUUCAAUGCCUCAGAGAUCUCAUCGAAAACAAGCUGAUCCAGAGCAUCAAUAAGCUGGUGGAGAUCAUGCUAGUGGAGUGGAUGGCAUUACGAUUAGCAGCCGAUCGGCCCGGAGAGGCGUUAAUAGAGGCACGGAACACACCCAAGGCGGCAGCGGGCGAACAGAUCGGAGAUGCACUUACCCUGCAGGAGGAGCAUCGCCAGGAAAAGGCGGAAAAGACGAAGGCCAAAAGAAAAUCGAAAAGGUGUGCCUCUGGCAGGAAGCGUGGCUAUACGAAGAGGCUACACUGCAACAUGCCGCGGCAUUGGAUGACCAUCGACACACAGACCGAUGACUUGAAGGAGCUCGAGACGACGAAGGUCGACGCAUUCACCCAGACCGAGAAGAAGCGGCGUGGCUGGUGGAAGUUUCUUUAAAACUAAAAAGGAAACUGCCGGACCCCACUCCUGACAUCCGAGACUUACCCGAGCAGCCAUCCCGCCGCAUAUGUCGUCCUCCCCAUUGUUGCACUCAAAUCUCUCGCGUUUUACUUCUUCUUUAGUUUUUUUGUGUGUUUGUUUGUUUUGGCACUUUUUGUUCUGUUUGCAAGUUAACUCAGAGACGACUCCCGAACUGUGUGUGGUGGGGGCUGUGGCGCCAAACGGCUGGCCAAUGCAUCUAUGUGAAUCGCGUGAGUAACGACUGCAGCUUCGGGAUGUGGAAUCCAGGACAGGACCGGGACCCGUAUGAUGUAUGGCCAAAGAGUUCGCAAAUAAACCCGCAGACACGUCCGCACACGAUAAAAUCUCGCAAAAGACUGAAUGGACGAGGCCGGCCAACGUUGCCGAAGCCACCUCUGCUCCCUGGAUAAAGUUGGGUAUUUCAGCUUUGUGGUGGCUUGUGGCGGCUCGUGGCGUCUCUUGGCUUGUGGCAGUGACUAAACUUGUUUGGUUAAACCAAUUGUGGGCGACGCUUUCUCAGCUGAAUAUCCACUGAAUAGUAUUUCU